UCAUCAAUCAGAUCUGGACAUCUAUAAAGAUGUUUCUUUUUUCUCCUAUGGUAUUGAUAAUCAUACCUUUACUUUCUGCCAUUCUGUAAGCAUCUAACUUUUGGUUUAUGCAUUUGUGGCAGAUUUAUUGCAGGGGAAAGUAUCUUCUUUUUGACCGGCUGGCGUUAUUCCGGUUAUAUGUGGGGUUCAUGUAAUGGUUAGACUGUUAAAUGUAGUUUAGUUUCAUUUAUGGAAAAUCCCAUCAAUGUGGUCUAGUUUGGAAUGUUUGGAUGGAUAUAUGUGAACCAAAGCGACGAUUGCAGAAGCUUGCUGCUGUUGCUACGGCGAGGUCACCCCUUGUUUCUGCUGAAAAAAACAAUGCAUCACUCACAACUCGACAACCUGGAGCCAGGGAAGUUAGUUCGAGGCGUUGUCCAUCUCCAAUUACUAGAACAACCUCUAUUCCUUCCCAGUUGGUGCAAAAUAGAGCUGUUUCGGCUGAGGGGAAACGCCCCUCCACGCCAUCUUCACCUCGAAGUCCAUCCACGCCGGUUCAAGAAUCAUCAGUUUGUGUGCAGAUAUCAUCUAGAAGGCUAUCAAAUGGCCGCACACCUGAAAGUUUAUGGCCAUCUACCAUGAGGAGUCUUAGUGUUUCAUUUCAGUCUGAUACAAUUUCAGUUCCUGUUAGCAAAAAGCAAAAAGAAAAACCGGCUAGUAAUGUCUCAUUGGAUCGUACUUUGAGACCUUCUCCAAAUGUGGUUCAUAGACAACAGUCUGAAAAAUCUGCUUUAUCGCGUAAGCCUACUCUAGCGAGAAAGACAAGUCCUCUUAAAGGGAAGAAUGCGCCUGAUCAAUCUGAAAAUGCUAAACCAGUUGAAGGUUUACUUGGCCGAAUAAUAGAUCAGCAUCGGUGGCCUAGUGGAAGUCAUGAGAAACUGUCUUCCAAUUCAUUGAAUAGAAGUGUAGAUCUGGGUGAUAUUAAAAUUGUUAAAAGUUUAUCUGCACCAGUUCCAGGAAUCGGGUUAUCUUCACUGAAGAGAAUGGCAAUUUCCGAUAGUUUGAGUAUACCUCUAAAGAAAUCUGCUAAUGACGCUGCCAAUUUUUUAUCACUCGAUCGAAUCGGUCAGAUAGGGCCUGAGGCAAUUCCAAUUGAUGAUAAGUCUGUGCGGGUAUCUGGACCUGCAAGGAUCCUUUCGUCAAGUUCUUUGGACAAAAUGACACUGACAACUUAUGCACACAAAUCUCUGUCUUUGUCUGCUCCUGGAUCACGACCUCAGACACCAAAUAGAACUUCUGUUUCUAGGAGUGCCAGUCCUUCUCGGGCAAGAACUUCCACUCCACCUUCAAGAGGAUUCAGUGCAAAUCCAAGGGGAGUCAGUCCAUCUCGUACAAGGACAUCCACCUUUUCUAGUCAAUCCCACAGCUCAACUUCAGUUCUUAGUUUUAUUGCAGACUUUAAGAAGGGAAGAAAAGGUGCAAGCUACAUAGAUGAUGCUCAUCAACUUCGGCUUCUUUACAAUCGUAACUUGCAGUGGCGAUUUGCUAAUGCCAGGGCUGAAGCUGUACUGUAUAUUCAGAAAAUUACCGUGGAGGAAACUUUGUACAAUGUCUGGAAUUCUACUUUGGGUCUGCGGGAUGCCAUGAUCAAGAAAAAGAUCAAUCUCCAGCAAUUGAAGUUAGAGCUCAAGUUGAACUCGGUUUUGCAUGAUCAAAUGGGAUAUCUUAACAAUUGGGCAUUACUUGAAAAAGAUCAUGCAAGUUCUUUAGCUGGAGCAGUAGAAGAUCUGGAGGCAAGCACUCUGCGUCUUCCCGUAACUGGAGGGGCAAGGGCAGACAUUGAAUCAUUGAAAGAUGCUAUUUCCUCUGGUGUUGACGUGAUGCAGGCUAUGGGAUCAUCCAUUUCUUAUUUACUCUCAAAGGUGGAAGGAAUAAAGAAUUUGGUUUCUGAGCUUGCUGCAAUAGCUGCACUAGAGAAAAGCAUGCUUGAUCAAUGUGAAGCUCUCAUGGCUUCAACAGCGGCUAUGCAGUCAGAAGAGUACAGUGUUAGGUCUCAUCUCAUACAAACAAAACAAGCUUUGGGGAGAAAUAAGCAGGCAACGAUGGCAACGAAAACAUUAUUUCCAUGGCCAUGAACCAGCUGGUAAGCUCAUAGUAAUCUGCCAAUAUAUUAUCCUUCAAAGUGAGAGAAAUUUAUCACAAAAUCUGCUCUGCCAGCCCCAG